AUGAAAAGUUACAAUCCCCCACCGCGAAAUAGUGCACCGUCACGUCUUCAUCGACGUUGUUUUUCGACUGGAAGACAGAGAGCUAAUUAUCGAGACUUUGGACUUCGUGAAAUGGUUCAUACAUGUUUGUUGCUGGGAAACAAUAUAAAGUUGGUAAGUAUUUCAAAAUUACCUUCAUUUUUCUAG